GCAUUAUUGACCAAACACCACAGCAGAAGUGACACUCCAAUUAAACCAGGUAAAAAAUAUGAAAUUAAUAUAUUCAAGGAGGCACUUUCAUUUUCAUUCAUUUUAAUGAGAGAGUGAAAACCUCUCCUGGAACAAAAAGUCAGCUACUAAACUCAAAAGUUGGGAAAAAAAAAGAGAUUUAUGCCUGCGUGGUCCCGUUUUAACUGAAAUCUCCGUAAAUACAGUCACUGGUGAAUAUAGCUACGCCAUAUUCGCAUAAUCUACGUUCUCAUGUUCAUUCACAUGUCCCUACUUCACCUCAGAGCCACUUCCUCUGUAAUUUGAUAUUUGACCGUAAUACAUGUAAUAAAGUGGGUAAAGUUCAGGGGGAAUUUCUGCAGACUUUGGGAAAUUGACGCACAGACCGUCUGGCUGCGUGUGCGAGGUGCCACAUCGAAAAUAUAAACCGCAGAAAAUGAGCAUCAUGCUGCUGAUCCUGCUGCAGUUGUCUGUCCUUGUGUCGUGUGCUCCUCCACAAUGUGACCCAGGAUUUCGAGGACUGUGCAAGCCAAAAGUGGAAGAAAAACCCAAAUGCACAGAUGUAUUACUAUCCUACUGCGAUGACAUGGCCUACACUCAGACCAUGUUCCCGAACAUCCUCGGCCACAAGAAUCGCGAAGAUGCCGAGGCCGGCGCCGAGUACCUCCUAAUGAGCGUGGUCGAAUCUCUGCUCGGGGGAGAGUGCAACCCUGAAAUCCGCAUGCUGAGCUGCUCUGUGUUGGCCCCGCGCUGCGAGAAGGAGAAAGUGCUGAAGCCCUGUCGGACCACCUGUGAGACGGUGCAUAAAAGAUGCAGCCACUCCUUUGAGGCCAUAGAGAUGGCUUGGCCCUACUUCCUGGACUGCGAUCGCUUCUUUGUCAGUGACCAAGAGGGGUGUUAUGACCCGCUGGAAGGCCUCAGAGCAGAGCAGGUUGUAGAGGAUGUUGACAGCAUUGAAAUUCCUCCUCCUGAGGAGCCCGCCACCACGAUACAGUUUACCUAUCACUCCAACGCUCAGAUGAUCAGUAUCUUGAAGAAAACUGAGGAACAAUGCUCCGACAUAGCCAAAACCUACAGCAUCGGCCGCAGCAUGGAGGGCAGGGACCUGCUCGUGAUCGAGUUCUCAAACAACCCCGGCCAACAUGAACUGCUCGAGCCAGAGAUAAAGUACAUCGGCAACAUGCAUGGAAAUGAAAUCCUGGGCCGCCAGCUGCUGAUCUACUUGGCUCAGUACCUGUGCUCCGAGUAUCUGCUGGGGAACGAGCGCAUCCAGACCCUCAUCAACACCACCCGCAUCCAUAUUCUGCCCUCCAUGAACCCUGACGGUUACGAGAAUGCUGUUUCUGGACUCCAGGACAAUAACUACAGUGAUGAUGAGCAGGCGAGCUACGAUUCUUCCCACAUCGGCCGGAACAAUGCUCAGAACAUCGACCUGAACAGAAACUUCCCCGAUUUAACGUCCAUCGUUUACGGUCAACGCAAACAGAAGGGCUACCGCACCGACCACGUCCCAAUUCCAGACUAUUACUGGUUUGGUAAGGUUGCACCGGAGACUUACGGUGUCAUGAAAUGGAUCCGCUCCAUCCCGUUCGUGCUCUCCGCUAACUUCCAUGGCGGGGACCUGGUGGUGUCCUACCCCUACGAUCUGUCCAAACACCCGCUGGAGCGCAACAUGUUCUCCCCAACACCGGACGACAAGGUAUUUAAGCUUCUUGCAAGAACAUAUGCAAAUGCCCAUGAGACCAUGUCCAAUGAAAAUGCCCAGUGUGGAUCGUCUCGUGGUAUCAGUACCAAAGGAAUUGUUAAUGGAGCAGAGUGGUACAGCAUGGCUGGUGGCAUGCAAGACUUCAACUAUCUUCACACUAACUGUUUUGAGGUGACUGUGGAGCUGGGUUGUGAUAAAUUCCCCCCUGAAGAGGAACUGUUUCUCAGCUGGCAUGAAAACCAGGAGGCCUUAAUCACAUUUAUGGAAACGGCCCAUCUAGGUAUCAAAGGAAUUGUAAAAGACGAGGAGGGAAAUGCAGUCAAAGGUGCACGAAUAUCAGUCAGACGAAUAAGGCAUGAUGUGACCACAGCUGAAAACGGAGAGUACUGGCGCCUCCUCACCCCUGGCAUCCAUGUUGUGAGUGCCUCGGCCCCGGGCUACACCAGAGCUAUGAAGAAAGUGCGCCUGCCUCCUCGCAUGCACACAGCAGGCCGGGUGGACUUUGUGUUGCAGAAAGCUGCGCCAGAGCCUGACCUGCAAGAAGAGGAUGACACCAUCCCGUCUAUGGGCACCUAUGACCGCUUUGACCCUUAUAAUCAGUACGAGCGCUACACCCUGAUGGCCGAUUUGAGCCACAACCGCGAGGAGAGAGUAGAGAAGCCCUGGUGGUGGAACUACUUUGUCCUGCCGGGAGGCCCUGCACCAACCUGGCUGCUCAAACACAAUUAGAGCUUCCAUGGGAAAAGUUGAAAAAUAGUAUCUCUUGCUACAGUAUACACACACACACUGAGCUAUUGUGUAAAGAAUGUGCUGCUUUUUAUUGAUGUUACACCGCAGAAAAUGGUAAAUGCUAGCUGGCUGGCCUUCAUGUUAGCUUUUACACUUUUACCUACAUGUGCUUUGUUUGGUCCAAAGUCAAUAACAUUACUUUAAUGAAUAACCAUGAUGAAAUUAAGACUUUUAUAACAAUUUUACAGCAGAAAUAAAGAACUGUUGUGUCAAUGAU